AUGAGAGUGAAGACGGCAAAGAGGGGCAAGAGGACGGCCGGGCGAGUGCACUACUGCCCCCGCUGCGCCAAUGACCUCGUGGCCGGAGGCGAGAUAGACAUCUUUCCCCUUGCCGCGGCGGUGAACUAUUGGUCUGCGCCACUGGAGGGAGCCUGUGCCAUCACCGUGUCGCUGAACAAGCGGGGCCGAUGGGGCUUGCUGAAGAACCUCAAGAGUGCAAAGCGCGAGAAGGAGGCGGGUCCACGGGACAAGGUGCCCCAGUACCACGAUACCCCCGAGGGCACCUACCUGUGCGGCGAACCGAGCAUGGUGGUGCUGAGUCGGGACGAGGUGAUGGAGGUGCUGCCCGAGAGUGAUUGGACAUACCUGACGCGCGCGGCGCCCGCGGAAUCACACAGCGAAGGAGCCGCCUGGAACUACAUCGGCGCACUGAGCGAGGAGGACAAGCGAGCCUACGGCACGUCCAGCUGGACCUGGCUCAGCAGGAGCCAUGUCUCGAGCCAUGACUCGAGCCACAUUGCGCUGACUUGGGUGGUCGUGCGGUAUGUUUGUUUGUUCGAAGCAGGAGUGUUGAUGGUGAAGCAGGACAACGCCGAGAAGAAGGGCAAGCUGUUCCAGUGCCCGGGGCGCAUCACCAUGUCGGCGCGCAACCGGGUAUCAAAGGCCCGAGGCAAGCACAAGGGCGCCGCCAAAGAUCGAACACGAGACAUGACCACCAGCCUCAACCCCGCCUGGUGA